GUAGGAUGAGCUGGCUGUAAACCACACCAGUUCCUGCAGUGUUUUGAUAGAAAAGCAACAGAUAUAGGAGCAAAGAAGCCAACAGACAGUUGUGGAUGGGAGGAGGCCUUCAGCAACAGUCACUAUUAAUCACCUAUAGGGCCAUUGUGGUCCUGUCCUAUAAACGGCGCCAGUGCAGGAAGGCAGGCAGACAGAGAAAGAAGAAGAGAGCAGAAGGAAGAGGGGAAGAGGGGGCAGGGUGGCUGCAGGGAGAAAGAGGGGGAGAGAAUGGUUGGGGAACAGCCUGUUUCCCCAUCUCAGCUCCUACUGUGGGGCUGGGGAGCAGUGUUGCUGUCUCAGUGUUUGUCCUUCGUGUUCUCACAGAUACCGGAUCCUGAGCUUUUACCCACAGAUCCUCCAAAGAAGCCGGACCCUGUCACUUCAGAGACAGUUGUUUUCUGGGGGCUGCGGUUAUGGCAGGUCAUUGGCAUCUUUUCAAUGUUUGUUUUGGCAGUAGUUAUCACUCUGUGUUGUAUAUUCAAAUGCCGAAUCCCAAGAACCAAAAAGGAAAUAGAGGCACGACAUGCACAAAGGCAGGCUGCCAAGAAAUAUGCCAACACAUUAGAGACAGUGCCACCCCUGAAUGAGCUGACUGAGAUCCCUGGAUCUGCAAAACCAGAGGAAAAAGAAGAGGUAACAACAGUGUCUGGAAAAGUGGAGGCUGAAAAGGGAGAAAAGAAAACCAAGGAUGGCAAGAAAGAGGGCAAAAGUGCCAAAGAGGGAAAAGGAGAUGAAAAGGACGGAUCAACAAAGAAGAAGGGUGAAAAAGGUGAAAAAGGUGAAAAAGGUGAAAAAGGUGAAAAGGGAACAUCCAAGAAAGAAGCUGGAGAUGGCAAACGGAAGAACGGUGAAAAGGAGGAGAAAGGAGGAAAAGGUGGUGCUAAAGGAGGAGGCAAGAAAGCUCAGAAGUGAACUCUACCAUCUUAUGAACACUGAAAAAAAGGAUUUCAUAUUUCACUGCAAAAAGUUUGUGCACUUUUUUCUAAAAUGAAAUU